UGGACCCUAAUUGUAAAGUGUAGCACGUUUGUCCCUUAACUAAGAAAUUAUAAAUGCUUAAGUUUCCCCCCUUAAACAUUAUUAACAUUACUGAAUGCUUUUUGGACCCUUAUUGUAAAGUGUAGCACGUGUGUCUCUUAACCAAGAAAUUAAAAAUGCUUAUGUUCACAAACCCUAAACCUUAAACUCUGACCCUAUCUAGGCCUGUAUAUAUUUUUAAUUUUGCCAAACCAUUAGUUACUGGCUGGUUAUCCAUUAACUAAUGCAUUAACUAAUGCGUUAACUCAUGUUAAUUAAUAUAUUAAUAAAUGUUAGAUAAGCAGUUAUAUUAAUUAUUGUAAUGUUACUUAAACAUUAGUUAUUGUCUUAAAAUGCAUUAACUAAUGUUAAUUAAGAGACCCUUAUUGUAAAGUGUUACCAAUUACUCAAUUUUUAUGCUAUACUAAAAAAUACUAAAUCACUAUUUUGCAUCGACAUUUUUAACAGAAGUGAUUGUUCAUUGAAUUCUAAGAAAAUAAAAUAAAACUUGUUGAAGUCAGUGGUCAAGCAGUCGCUGUCAAUGUAAAGAAUGACUCAUUCUUUUGUAAAUGUAUUAAAAUAAAUGAUUGAUUCAUUUGUAUUGAUUCAUUUAUUUUAUAUUUACUAUAUCUGUUGAAGCGGUAAUGUAAGUAGUUACUGUGUAUUACUCUUUGCCAUUUUGGGGUGAGACAAUUGUUUAAAUACUCUGUUUUAGAAAUGUAUAUAUGUUAUUGGUCAUUACAAAAUUAAAUAUUGUCUUAUAUUAUGUCAGACAAUCAAAUCAAAUUACCACAUUGCAGCAAGUUGUUAACAUGAGAAACGUCAGGUGUGUGUGUGUGUUUCAGAAGUGCAAGCUCACCCUCUAUCAGCACACACAACCACACAUUACCAUCUGUUAUCUAACAAUUAUCAUAUACAUUAGUCAACAUCUGUUUCCCCUAACCUGCUUUCAUUAGGACAACAAAACAAACAAACAAAAGCCGAGCAGCAAUAUGGUAAAAAGGACAUUUGCUUACCCCUUAAAAAUGAAGAAUAAUUAGAAUCUAACAACUGAUAUUCAUUCAGUGACUUGGAUGCAUUAACCCUUUCAUACUUUGUUUUUUGCUUGUUUGUUUUUUUAACUCUUAGCCUAUUUGCCACUCAUUUAACUCAUUGACUGCUAUUACGGCACGAGACGUCCAAUCCAUUUCGUUAAAUCGCCCUUCCCAGUCAAAAUUGAUUGGACAUCUAGCGCCGUCAUUUGCACUGAAACAUGAACAUUCACAAAUAGUCCUUUUGGUUUAAAUUAUUGCCAACAAUGGCAUGCAUUGCAUUAAAUAUUACGAAAGAAAUACAUUUAGAGUGUUACUUUGGGCUGUAAUGAGUGUGGUUUUUGUUUUUUGUAUUUUUUUGUAUUUGUAUUUUAGUAAGUAAAUAUUUUAUAUAUAUAUAUAUAUAUAACAUAUCUAUACUGUUGAAAAAUACAAUAAUGAUUCCACUUUUGAAUAUUGUCCACUGUAGUGACCACUGUCCUUCAAAGACUUAGUUUUGUUAUUUCCCAAAUGGAGAAAUGGCAAAACUGACCUGAGAGUCAUUUUACAGAGAACUACAAUUGAUUAUAUCAUGUACAAUUAUACAUGUGGUCACGUAAAGGUUUUGUUCUCCAGUUAAUGCGCACAACAGAUGAUUAAAGAAAAACUGUUACAAAUGAAAUUCAAGAAAAUAUUGACUUUCAGUGCCUACAAAUGUUGAAAUAGCACGUCCAAACACUAAAAGGAAGAGCAGAGCUUUGAUGGGAUUUAGUGAAAGCUUGACCUGUCAGUCAACACCAGUUGCCCCCCACCCCGCGCUAAACCAUCCCACCACACACACAGAACCCCCACCCUUGACCCCCACCGGUGAGCAUGCAGGAUAUAAGCCCACGCACGUCCCACAGCAGCCCCACACUUUUUUUUUUUUUUGCCAAGCUCGAUCACCACGCAAGGAAACAUGCCCGCCUCGCCACCCGACUUUGGCGCCUUCUUCGUGGACCGGAGCGUGGGGAUGAUGGCCAUGGGGCCCCCUGACCCCGGAUACCUGGGAGCUCAGCAGCAGCACGUCGGGCUCCCCAUGGCCUAUACGGGACUACAUGGAUACAACUUGAUCCCCUUGGCAGCCCACCACCACCAUAGACAUGUCACACACAUGGGUACCACCUUUGACUUGAAGACCGCCACCUCUCCCUACCAUAACGCGCUUCUGGCCCGUGCAGGCCCUUUCUUCCCACCCUACCGGGCCAGCCCAAUAGAGGAGCCCGGACGCGGGGGGGCCAAGGUCGCUACUCGCGAAAGCACGGGGGCACUGAAGGCGUGGCUGGGCGAGCACCUGAAGAACCCGUACCCCACCAAGGGCGAGAAGGUCAUGCUGGCCAUCAUCACCAAGAUGAGCCUGACGCAGGUCUCCACCUGGUUCGCCAACGCGCGCCGCCGCCUCAAAAAGGAGAACCGCGUCAGCUGGGCCUCCUCCAGGUCCAAGUCGGACGAGGAAGACGAGGAGCGGGAGACUGAGGACGAAGAAGAGGAGGAGGACGAGGGGCCUUUGAGGAGGUGUGAUGCAGACGGCCAGAAUGAUGCAACACAGCCGGCUAGCGAGAGUGUGGUGGACGUAGGGGUGACAUCACAGGACGGGGGUGAAGGGGCACGCGUGCAGGCCCCUCCAGAAACCAAAGACACCCAGAAACCCAAAAUCUGGUCGCUCGCCGAGACUGCCACAUCGGAGACGGUGAAGAAACCGGCGGACCACGCUUACCAGUCCGCGGGAAGGAUGUGGGCUGAGUGGGCCGCCAGGAGCGCGCUCCUGGUGCCCGACUGUUACGCCGCCCAUAAAAACCACUAAUGUCCAAUCCCCCACACUCCAAAACCCUGAGACAAUGUUCAUUCUUGAUGCACUUUACCUCUCAGACGACAGGGAUCAAAGUUCACUCAUCCCUGGAAAUCUGCUUCCAGACCAAAGAUGUUUUUAAUGUAAAUAAAUGUAGAUGUAUUUUUCCAACAAACCUGUAAAUUAUGUUUCCUUUCAUCUGCAGAUGGAGGAAUAUUUUUACUUAAAUAAAACCUGAUUUAAGCAAU